CCUAAACCCAAUAAAAAUAGUUACAGUUGUUUCCGGCAUUAGUUUUCUACUCGCUAAAUAAGAAAAGCAUCUUCUCCAAAACACCCGCACCCCCCCCCCCCCCCCCAACAUUACACAGCUACUUCACAACUCACCACACGACAUCAUCUCCAUUCUUCUUCCUCUUUCCCCAACAAUCCUACCGCUUCUUUAACACACUCUGUAGACCCAUAAUCAUCAGAUCUGAAGUUCCCAAAGUUUAACCCCCACAUUUCAAUACUGUCUGAUCUCCUCUCCCAUUUUCCCAAAUACCCGCCAGAUGUUUGUGUAAUUGCCUCUUAGAAAAAAUACGGUUAAUUGUGGGGCAUUUUCAUAUCCCAGAUGGGAAUGCCUGCAAAACGAUGAGCAAAACCAGAGACGAAGAAGAAAACGAGGAGGACCAGAGCUUUCACGACUCACUUGACCGUUUACUCUCUUCUACUAACACGUCUUGCUCUUCUUCUCCUUCUUCUGACAACGAACAAGACGAUAUUAAAGAUCUUAGUUUUGACUUGGGUUCCCCACUAAAUUAUGGUGUUCCGGACCCACUCCCUGUUCCUCGGUUUCCUAUGGGUGUCUCCAACAACUAUGAUGUUUGGAUCUCUGAACCCUCCUCCGUUGAAGAACGCCGUAUUCGCCUCCUUAGUCAGAUGGGUCUCAGCCGUGACCCUUCUCUCCUCCGCCACAGACCUUCACUCUCCCAGUCUUCAGCUGCCGACUACGGUGCCGCCAGCGACAGACUGGAGAUUUUCGGCAGAUCGGCCUCAGCUAAUCAUUUAGUUGCUGCCGGCGGUGGUGAGGUUAUUGCUAAUACUAGUAUUAAUAAUAAUUCCAAAACUAGUAAUGUUAUUACUAAGAGUAGUAGUGCUUGUGGGAUCGUUCGAUCAAAAUCGGACAGUGAUCGGAAUUCCUCUAAUUGUUGUUCUACUUCUUCUUGUUGUCGUUCAGUUCAUAAAAAUACUGAAGUUAUUUCCAUGAAUUCUACUGCCUUGUCAUCAUCGUCAGUACAAGUAAAUAUGGUCAAUGGGGUUGGCGGUAUAGUUGUACAUAAUAAUAAUCGAAACCGUAGUAAAAGUCUCAGCGAGGAUCUAUUGCAUAAUGGUGGCAAUGGAUCUCCGAAAAAGAAGCCACCCACUGGGAAGCUGAGAACUGAUAAUGGGACCUGUAAUUUGUUGACAAAUAGUGAGGUGGAGGAAGGGUUGGUGGAAUCAACUGGAGAUCUUGGAACUGAAGAGCAGAAUGUUUGCACAAUAAAGAAUCUUGAUAAUGGGAAGGAGUUUGUGGUUAAGGAAGUUAAGGAAGACGGAACGUGGAAAAAGGUUAAGGAAGUGGGUACAGGAAGGCAGUUGACAAUGGAAGAGUUUGAGAUGUGUGUUGGGACUUCACCAAUUGUUCAAGAACUAAUGAGAAGGCAGAAUGUAGAGGAUGGGAAUAAGGAUAGUUUGGAUUGUAAUAAUAUGAAUGAGGAUGGUGAGACUGGUGGACCCAAGUCGAAGAGGAGGGGGAGUUGGUUGAAGAGUAUCAGAAAUGUGGCUGGUGCUAUGACAGGUCAUAAGGAGCGGCGUAGCAGUGAUGAGAGGGAUACAUCAUCUGAGAAGGGUGGCAGAAGGUCUAGUUCGGCAACAGAUGAUAGUCAGGAUACUUCUUUUCAUGGACCAGAAAGAGUACGGGCUCGGCAGUAUGGGAAGUCCUGCAAAGAACUUACAGCACUGUAUAAGAGCCAAGAGAUACUGGCACAUAAUGGAUCUAUUUGGACCAUCAAAUUUAGUUUGGACGGGAAGUAUCUCGCCAGUGCUGGUGAAGACUGUAUAAUACAUGUCUGGCAAGUAACUGAAUCAGAGAGGAAGGGUGACCUAUUGCUGGAUAAGCCAGAAGACGGGAAUUUAAAUCUCUUGCUUUUGGCGAAUGGGUCUCCUGAGCCAACUACAUUAUCACCAAAUGAUGGCCACCUGGAGAAGAAAAGAAGAGGAAGAUUGUCUAUAAGUCGAAAAUCAGGGAGCUUUGACCAUGUUUUGGUACCAGAGACUGUUUUUGCACUUUCAGAAAAGCCUAUCUCUUCAUUUCAGGGGCAUGUGGAUGAUGUGCUUGACCUCUCAUGGUCCAAGUCUCAGCAUUUGCUUUCAUCGUCAAUGGACAAAACAGUGCGGCUUUGGCAUUUGUCUAGCAAGUCUUGUUUGAAGGUCUUCUCACAUAGUGAUUAUGUAACCUGCAUCCAGUUUAACCCUGUUGAUGAUCGAUACUUUAUCAGUGGAUCCCUAGAUGCUAAGGUUCGUAUAUGGAGCAUUCCUGAGAGGCAAGUUGUUGAUUGGAAUGAUCUGCAUGAGAUGGUCACUGCUGCUUGCUAUACGCCAGAUGGUCAGGGUGCAUUUGUUGGUUCAUACAAGGGGAGUUGUCGUCUCUACAACACAUCAGAUAAUAAAUUGCAGCAAAAAGCUCAAAUCAAUUUGCAGAAUAAGAAGAAGAAGGCUCACCAGAAGAAAAUUACUGGUUUCCAGUUUGUGCCAGGGAGUACAUCAGAAGUGCUUGUAACAUCUGCAGACUCGAGAGUUCGGGUGGUUGAUGGUGCUGAUCUUGUUCACAAGUUCAAAGGCUUUCGCAAUACAAACAGCCAAAUCUCAGCUUCUGUGUCUGCUGAUGGUAGAUAUGUGGUCUGUGCCAGCGAGGACUCACAUGUCUAUAUCUGGAAACAUGAAGGUGAUUCUCGGCCAAGCAGGCAUAAAGGUGUUACUAUUACACAGUCGUAUGAGCAUUUCCAUUGUCAAGAUGUUUCAAUGGCCAUUCCUUGGCCUGGCAUGUCUGAUAAUUGGAGAUUCCCUUAUUCCUCUGGGGAACAGAAUGGGCAUGCUGAUCGUCUUGAUGAGGUUUCCACUGCCAACCAUCCACCUACACCCAUUGAAGAGAAUGGCAACGAGUGCUCACCGCUGACAUCUGGCUGCAGUAACAGUCCUCUUCAUGGAACUUUAAGUAGUGCCAUGAACAGCUACUUUUUUGAUAGAUUCUCAGCGACAUGGCCCGAGGAAAAACUCUUGUUAGCUACUAAAAAUCGUAGUCCUCGUGUCAGCAUAGAUGCCAGUGUUGACUUCUCCAACGGUUCAAAUCACAGCAAGUCUGCCUGGGGUUUGGUCAUUGUAACCGCAGGUCGAAGAGGGGAAAUCAGGACUUUCCAAAAUUUUGGACUACCAAUCCGGAUUUAGAGGGCCGAGAAGUCUCAGAGAGUUGAUCAUGAUUCCACGCUACACGUUGCUACAGCCAAGUUUGCGAAGUUUGUACAGAUAUUGGUGAGAUUUGUAAUGUUAGUGAUUUUUCUUUGUUUCUUGUGCUCGUGCCAGUGGUUCUGGGACUAAGAUAGGACCCUGCCUGACUAGGCAUUGUGAAAGGAACAAAACUGGUCUGGAGGUUGUGGGGG